GAAAACAUCGUUGAGCAACAAAAAUAAAUUCAUUGAAACUGAUACCUGAAUCAUACAAAAUUAAGGAUUUUUGUCUUCCAAAAAACAACAAUUGCAAAUAGAUGUUCGAAACAUCCUUUAUUUGUUCGUUUCUUUCUUAUUUUGAAGGAAGAUAUCUCCGUGACUACCUACUUUUGGGAGUUUGAAACAAAAAUAAUAUUGUUAAUUUUCACUUCGUAUAUGCUGUAUGAGGAUUUUGUAAUAACUAAAGCCCAUGUUGUUCAACACGGGAUGUCUAGACGUUACAUUAUUCCAGUGUAUUGUUUGUCAUGUCCAUGUGUUUAAUUGUAGUGUUUAUGAUCUUGACUGUUCUGAAAAUUUGUAUUUACUGUCAUUUUGAUGCGUUUUAGACUUCUAGUCUUUUCAAGGAACUAACACUCAAGGAUGCUGAGAAAGCCUUGGCAGCGGAUUUGGAUUUGCUUGUUAAUACUAUACCAAAUUCAUCUCCAGAAAAAGACGUCUUCAUAAACCAAAUGAUAUCUUUCAAAGAGUUGUUUAAGCAAUAUUUACAUGACAAAACACAAAAAUUCGAUUGGAAUAUGAUGGAACCUGUUCCAUCUGAAAGUAUUAAAAUGUACGAUGCCCUUCAAGUUCCUACCAACCGUGAAGUAAUCCGUCAACAGUUAAAUAAGUUAGUAGUAGUGAAACUAAAUGGUGGCUUGGGUACAACAAUGGGUUGUACUGGACCCAAAUCCUUAAUUUCUGUCCGGAGUAAUCUUACUUUUCUUGACUUGACUGUACAACAAAUCGAGAGACUAAACAAUGAAUACGGAACUAGUAUUCCCUUGGUUUUGAUGAAUUCCUUCAAUACACAUAGUGAAACUGAAAAGGUUUUACGCAAAUAUCAGCAAGUUAAUGUUCAAAUUUUGACGUUUUUACAGAGCUGCUAUCCUCGUCUGAAUCGUGAGUCAUUACUUCCUAUUGCUAAAUGUGCUGGUCAGGAAAGUCAUGAUUCUGGAACAAAGACUUCUAAAGAUAUGAACUAUAAUCCUGAAGAAUGGUAUCCUCCUGGACAUGGUGAUUUCUAUCGUAGUUUUGUUGCUUGUGGAUUAGCAGAGAAAAUGAUAGCUAUUGGUAAACAAUGGGUUUUCUUGUCUAAUAUUGAUAAUCUUGGAGCAACUGUUGAUCUAAAUAUUUUAAAUUUUUUAAUGAAUAAAGAAUCUCAUUAUGAUAAACAAUCACCAGAGUUUGUUAUGGAAGUAACUGAUAAAACACGAGCUGAUGUUAAAGGUGGUACAUUAACCCAAUAUCGUGGACAUUUGAGACUUUUAGAAUUAGCUCAGGUUCCUGAAGAACAUGUGGAUGAUUUUGCUAGUGUACGAACAUUUAAAAUAUUUAAUACUAAUAAUCUUUGGAUUGAUUUACAAGCUUUACAUCGUAGUGUUAAACAAAAAACUUUACAAAUGGAAAUUAUAGUCAAUCCUAAAACUUUAGAUUCCGGUACAAAUAUAUUACAAUUAGAAGAGGCUGCAGGAGCUGCUAUCAAGUCAUUUAAUGGUGCUUUUGGUGUUAAUGUUCCACGAAGUCGUUUCUUACCAGUUAAAACUACUUCAGAUUUAUUAUUAGUAAUGUCUAAUUUGUAUGUAUUAGAUGGUGGAAGUUUAUCAUUGUCUCCAUUAAGAAGUUUUCCAUCUGUGCCUUUAGUAAAACUUGGUAAUCAUUUUAAAAAAGUUAAAGAUUUCUUAAGUCGAUUUACAAGUAUACCAGAUCUACUGGAAUUGGAUCAUUUAACUGUAUCAGGAGAUGUAUACUUUGGAAAAGGAGUAGUUUUAAAGGGUACAGUGAUUAUAGUUUCUAAUUUUGGUAAUCUUAUCAAUAUACCACCAGGUUCAAUAUUAGAAAAUAAAAUUGUUUCAGGAAAUCUACGCAUUUUAGAUCAUUAAAUUAUUUAACAUUUCAAGUCAAUUUAAAGUAUUACACUUUAUUAAUAGAACUUUAUAUUUGUCAUGUUUGUGC